AUCUCUUCUCAUUCAACACCAUCUGCAAGGGACAACCUCGCUUUUCCCUCCUGCUUCCUUCUUCACUCUCUCCCUUCUCAACGCUACUCUGUUUUGUACCAGCGCACAAAGACUCUCCUUCCUCCCUUCCCUCCUUCUCUACUAUUCGUUUAUACCCACUCACCUUCACCCCCUCUCUAUCAUAUACUUUCGUUAUCCUUCCUGUCACUUCUAAUUCUCAUAUCAGUCAUGGCAACAUUGGCCAGAAUUAUGCGAGGCAUUGCCAUUAAGGCGCUGCAAUGUGGCUCCAUACCUCAGCAUGUUGGCUUUAUUAUGGAUGGCAACCGCAGGUAUGGUCGCAAGGUGCAAGUUGGAAACGGCAAAGGCUAUUAUCUAGGAUACGAGACGCUAGAAGAGAUUUUGGCAGUGUCAAUGGAACUAGGCGUCAAGGUCGUCACUGUGUACGCCUUCAGCAUUGAAAACUUCAAGCGCCCGCCAGAUCAAGUCGAGACGUUGAUGGAGCUGGCCAAGGCCAAGCUGGCAGAGCUAUGUGAGCACAGUGAACUGGUCAAUCGCUACGGCAUCGGUAUUCGAGUACUGGGAGACGAUACUCUGCUCCCUGAGGAUGUCCGUAAAGUCGUGCGUCGUGCGGUGGAACUCACUAAGAAGAAUAACAGGGCCAUCCUCAACAUGUGCUUUCCAUAUACCUCACGCGAAGAGCUCACCAUGGCAACACGUUCCCUCGUCAGCGGCAUUGAAGCAUAUGAGCUGGAUCCAAGCGAUAUCACAACAAGUGCUUUGGAGAACAGCCUUUACACGCGCUCUUGUCCUCCCAUGGAUAUUUUGAUCCGCACCUCAGGUGAAAUUCGACUCAGCGAUUUUAUGCUUUGGCAGUCUUCCCGGGCAUGUCAUGUUGAGUUUAUUGACUGCUAUUGGCCCGAGUUCACGUUCUGGAAACUUGUCCCGAUUCUUCUGAGAUAUCAACUUCGUGCCGGAUCUAUAGCACAGUCCAGGCGGGAGUACGAGAGAAGAGAUGGAACCGAUGCAACUAUAUUCGCAUCAUCGAGCUGUGGUAGCGCCGCAUGCGAGCAGGAUGCAGUAGAGGAUGCGUUAGAUAGCCGAUGUAUCAGUGAACCGAUAACCCUUCACCGCAAUUCUUCAGAGUCAACCUUAAUUACCGAGGAGCUCGAUGACGACCGAGACUUGGACAUGUAUGACUGCCAGGCAAAGGAGAAGAGACGGCGUGUAAAAGAGUUCUUAGCCCAUCGGGGACAUUUACCGAACUGUCCACUGGUCCAGCUACAAUAAAGUGCUUUUUGUGUUCAGC